AAUACCCUUCACAAACGUGUGUAAGAAUGUUCAAGUCUUGACUCCAUUUGUGUGUGACAGACCAGUGCCCAGAGUACCGGGUUAUUUGUUGUUGUUUUUUUAUUACAAAUGCAUCAAGUCGAGCCGUGCGUCGAUACAAAUUUUAAUAUCUGCCAGUACCUGGAUCAUCUCUGCAUACUCCUGGAUCAUUUCUUCCUGCACGUGGAUAAUCUCUGCCAGCUGGUACAAGACCUCAGCCAGCCCCAGUACCGCAACAGUGAGCAGGUAGCUCACCUGUGUCAACACCUGAAUAAUCUCUGCCCUCGCCUGGUUAAUCUCUCGCAUCAUCUGCGUAAUCUCUUCCGGCAGGUGGGGACUCGCUGCCAGCACUUGGACAACUUCUGCCAGCACCUGGAUAAUUUCUUUGAACAUCUGGAUAAUCUCUGCCGACACCUGGAUCAUUUCCUCUAGCACCGGAUAUCUUUUAGGCUAAUACCUGGGACAUCUCUAUAAGUACCUGGAUAAUAUUUGCCAGCACCUGGAUCAUUUCCUUUAGCACCGGAUAUCUUUCAGGAUAAUACCUGGGACAUCUCUACCUGGAUAAUCUCUC